GUGCUUGAUGUCAAUGUGCCUCGGGGUAACCACUGACGUGCCAGAGUUCAGCAUUAAAGCACCCCACUUGAUGCUGUGCAGAGGUCCCGCCUCCCACUCGUGCUCAUUCCACCUUCACCUCCCCACCCCUUCUUUUCUUCGACCAGCUGACAACAAACAAAAUGCCGAAGAAGAUGAGACCUCGACGCCGCCGAAGCUGAUCCACACCUUCCUCUGUGACGACUGCGACUACACGACCCGGAACGAGAACUUCCUGAUACGCCACCGCAGAGCCCAUGUUGAGACGAACUCGCUUCUGCAGUGCCACGUGUGCGACGAGGAGUUCCCCCAGCUGGCCCUGCUCGAAGCGCACACACCGUCGCAUCUCACCGCCAGGCCCUACAUGUGCGACGUGUGCGGCGCACGGUUCCAGAACCUCACAAACGUCAAGGACCACGUGCGCAAGCACACUAGGGAGCGGCCCUUCGCUUGCAAAGUCUGCGGCAGGACGUUUGUCUACAGGUCCAGCUGGAUAAGCCAUGCCAAGACGCACCCGGAGCAGAGGCCGUUCGCAUGUCACCUGUGCCCGGAGACGUUUCUUCUCAAGCGUUCGCUGAAGGACCAUUACAUGAAGCAGCACACAAAUAAACAGUGUCUCUAA